AUGGCCGUGCUGCGGGUGAAGUUCACCAAGACCAAACGGGACAAGCUCGCCCAGGUGCUAUGGAUCCUCAACUGGAUAUCAGUCAUAACCGGGGUCAUACUUUUCAGCCUGGGAUUAUUCCUCAAAGUGGAGAUUAACAAGAGGAAGGAGUUGAUGGCCGACCGGGACAUCCAGUACGUCCCGAACAUGCUCAUCGCCGUGGGACUGAUCGCGUGCGGCAUCAACUUCCUGGGCGGGAAGAUUUGCUACGACUGCGUGGACACAACCAAGUUCCUGCGUUGGAAGUUGAUCAUGCUUCCGUACAUCGUGUGCACUUUCUUCUUCACCUCCUGCAUCUUGGUGGGGGCGCUGAUGUGUUACAGUAUGCGGGGGGAGCUGGAGGAGUCCCUGGAUCUGGGGUUGGCGGCGGCGUUGAAGUUCUACAAGGACACGGACACGCCCGGGAGGUGCUUUCUCAAGCGGACCGUGGACAUGCUCCAGAUUGAGUUUCGCUGCUGUGGGAAUGAGGGCUAUAAGGACUGGUUUAGAAUCCAGUGGAUCAGCAACCGCUACUUGGACAUGUCCCACAAGGAGGUUUUGGACCGCCUCCGGAGCAACGUGGAGGGGAAGUACCUGCAGGACGGCGUGCCCUUCAGCUGCUGUAACGUGGACUCGCCGCGGCCCUGCAUCCAGAGCCGCAUCAGCAACAACUCCGCGCACUACAACUACGACCACGUGACCGAGCAGCUCAACCUGUGGCCGCGCGGCUGCAGACACGCACUGCUGGACCACUACACGCACAUCAUGCAGUCCAUCGGCCUCACCGUGCUGGUCAUCUGGGUCUUUGAGCUGUCGGUGCUGACUGGAGUGAGAUACCUUCAGACCGCCUUGGAGAACGUGCUGCGGCUGGGGGACCCGGACUCUGAGUCUGACGGCUGGCUCCUGGAGAACAGCUUCAUGGAGACCGCUCGUAUCAACCUCAACAUCAUUAAGAACCUGGGCAAGUGCAACCAGGUGGACACGGCCAGCAACGGGGACCCCAACAUCAACGUGCCCUGUACCUCCACUGCCACCUACGGCCCCGACAACUUGCCCCCGAAACCGCAGCCCAAGACCAGCUGA